UUUCGUUGGCCUUACCUCGACCCCAUUACUGUAAUUUAUGAAAAGAAAUCACCGGACUCGGUUUCUUUAAUCGACCCGACGUGGAUUCAAAAGUGUCACUUUCCUCCCUACCCCUUAGUGCUUUGUGUAAAUAUAAAUAGAAGUGAGAUUAGGCGCCGCUCGUUGUCACCUAAAUCAGUGGAUUUCGUUUCCUUCCUUCGUCCCCGGCCACUUUAUCUCUUUUUCUCCCUUUACUUUUAUCUCCUUCUGGCUGGUCACCAUGUCCCGCCAUCCACAACAACCAGUAGCUUCGGUGGCCGUUUUGCUAUCCGUCGUAUGGUUCGUGGCCGCGACGGCCGAGCUGCCGCGUCUGGAGCACGACACCGCCGCCGGAUCCCUGGCCGUGUUGGUGGUCGGCGACUGGGGAAGGAAAGGAGCCUACAACCAAACUCGAGUUGCCACUCAGAUGGGGGCAAUUGCAGAGGCAGCAAAAAUCGACUUCGUGAUAUCAACGGGAGAUAACUUCUACGAUGACGGAUUAACAGGAGUCGACGACCCCAAUUUUGACCAUUCCUUUGCCGACAUCUACACAGCACCCAGCCUGCAGAAGCAGUGGUACAACGUGUUGGGGAACCACGACUACAGAGGCAACGUAGAAGCACAACUGAGCACAGCCCUACAAGAGAAGGACCCCAGAUGGCUCUGCAUGAGAUCAUUCAUUCUCAACACCAACCUGGCCGAGUUCUUCUUCGUCGACACCACGCCCUUCUCCGACAAGUACUUCACCGACCCGGAGGACCACGUCUACGACUGGAGCGGCCUCAUUCCAGACCGAGCUACCUACCUGUCCAACCUCAUGGCUGACCUGGACUCAGCGCUCAGAGUGUCGAAGGCGAGGUGGAAGAUCGUGGUGGGGCAUCACACGAUCAAGAGUGCGGGCCACCAUGGCAACACCGUGGAGCUGGAGGCUCAACUGCUUCCCAUCUUGGAGGCACACGGUGUGGAUCUGUACGUGAAUGGGCACGACCACUGCCUGGAGCAUAUCAGCAGCAGCCGGACCAAGCUUCAGUUUCUCACCAGUGGGGCAGGGUCGAAAGCGUGGAAGGGUGAUAUCAGCUCGUGGGAUCCCAAGGAGAUGAAGUUCUACUACGAUGGCCAGGGGUUCAUGACGCUUCAGAUCUCGUCGGAUGAAGUUCGUGUUGCUUAUUAUGGCAUCGAAGGUGAAGUCCUGCAUCAAUGGAGCACGUCGGACUUGUCGGUCUCCCAAAUAUAGUAGCAUCAAAACCACACUAGUACUGUUACUACUUCAGAGAUUUUAUAUUCAUUCGAGUAUCUCUCACUACGUGAUCCUCGCCUUCUAUUGUACCUUUGUCACUGAAAUCAGCAAUGGCAUUUAUGGUACUGGUUAAUCCCAUGGUCUUGUAGUUAUCACUUGGUAAGGGUAACUUAUUCAAAUCUUAACGAAUGAUUGGCUAAUCUUAACACAUAACAUAAAUACUUGAACGACAUACCAGGCUGAUACUCAUGCCAGAUGGAGAUGGAAAAGAAGUACCAGAUUCUGCAGGGGCAUAGAACUCGAGACCAUUACAAGGUAGCUUUAUAUAUGAUUUGCUGGGUUUUCCAAUGAGGUAAGCUCAUUACCAACUCUUUCUGUAGUCUACGAGAAUAGCGUUCCAGUUCAUCGACAGAAACAGUGAACUCAGCCCAGUCGAAUUCAUGCAGACAGCAUUUAUCGUCACGAAACAUCUUAUUCGCCAGUUCAUUAUCCUUCACAAACAUGGAUUUCAUAGAAGCAACCUUCCCCUGCUCCAACUCAGACAGUAAACUUAUUUUCCUCUUUCUAACUCCCUCAGAAUCUUCUGGUGUUGUCCCCUUCCACAGAUAAAAU